GGCAAGAUACAUAAAUGCAUGCAACCACCGCGAGUAAUUUAUUUUUAUUGUAUUAAUUAAAGCCAUGCCAACACCUUUUUUUGGUUUAAAAUAGAAAAAAAUUCAGGCCUACACUCCCUCAUCACUUGCUUAGUUUGUUCUUCCUUCUACUAGCAAAGCAAAAAAAAAAAUAAAAAAAAUAGAGAAAUGGAGGGGGGUGUGAAGGAGAAGUUGUUGAUCAAAGAGAAAAAAACAUCAGAACAAGAAGAAGAGGAAUUAUCAUUGGUGAAGAGGGUGUGGAAUGAGAGCAAGGUGAUGUGGGUAGUGGCAGCACCAGGCAUUUUUACAAGGUUCUCCACCUUUGGUAUCAAUGUUAUAAGCCAAGCAUUUAUUGGUCAUAUUGGUUCAAGGGAACUUGCUGCUUAUGCUCUUGUGUUCACUGUUCUCAUACGCUUUGCCAAUGGAAUUCUGUUAGGAAUGGCGAGUGCGUUGGCAACACUAUGUGGACAAGCAUACGGUGCAAAAGAAUAUGUCAUGAUGGGAGUGUAUCUUCAAAGAUCAUGGAUAGUUAUGUCCAUAACUUCACUCUUUCUUCUUCCGGUGUUCAUCUUCACGAGGCCGAUUUUGAUGCUCUUAGGCCAAGAUGAGAAUAUAGCAGAAGUGGCAGGAAAUAUUUCUCUUUGGUCAAUUCCUAUCAUAUUUGCUUUUAUUGCCUCUUUCACUUGCCAGAAUUUCCUGCAAUCUCAAAGCAAAAAUACCAUCAUUGCUUUCUUGGCAGCAUUCUCAAUAGUUAUUCAUUUGUUCCUCUCUUGGCUAUUGACAAUUCAAUUCAAGCUCGAGAUUCCCGGUGCAAUGACUUCAACAAGUUUGGCAUUUUGGAUUCCUAAUAUUGGUCAACUAAUAUUUAUAACAUGUGGUUGGUGCUCCGAUACAUGGAAAGGUUUCUCAUUUUUGGCAUUCAAAGAUCUUUGGCCUGUUGUCAAGCUUUCCCUUUCAUCUGGUAUCAUGUUAUGUCUUGAGCUCUGGUACAACACAAUAUUGGUUCUUUUAACGGGCAACAUGGAAAAUGCUGAGGUCCAAAUUGAUGCUCUAUCUAUAUGCCUCAACAUCAAUGGAUGGGAAAUGAUGAUAUCACUUGGUUUCAUGGCUGCUGCAAGUGUUCGAGUGGCAAACGAGCUUGGAAAAGGAAGCUCCAAAGCUGCAAAGUUCUCUAUAGUUGUGACAGUGCUUACAUCCUUGGCCAUUGGAUUUGUUCUCUUCUUAUUUUUCUUAUUUUUAAGGGGAAAACUUGCUUACAUAUUUACCUCAAAUAAAGACGUGGCCGAUGCCGUUGGGGACUUGUCACCUUUGUUGGCAAUCUCUAUUCUACUAAACAGUGUUCAACCUGUACUCUCAGGGGUUGCUAUUGGAGCAGGGUGGCAAAGUAUUGUAGCAUAUGUGAACAUAGGGUGUUAUUACAUCAUAGGUAUUCCUGUAGGAGUUGUGCUUGGUAACGUUUUGAAUUUGCAAGUCAAGGGUAUUUGGAUUGGAAUGUUGUUUGGAACAUUUAUUCAAACCGUAGUGCUGACUGUAAUCACUUACAAAACUGAUUGGGACGAACAGGUAACUAAAGCUCGUAAUCGUAUUAAUAAGUGGUCCAAGGUGGAAUCUGAUCAUGAAACAAUUACAUCAGAUGAUUAGUUUCAUGUUCCUUCUUUGAUUUAGUUUUUUAAAUUCAAAAUUAAUGAAUCUAGCCACGGAUUUAUUUAUGGCAAUAUAUUUUCUGUUGCUAGUGUUAUACAGGCAAAUAUUGUUUAUUUGUAUGGACGCAAAUUAUGUUGGAUAGGAUCGGAUCCUUGAAUUUAAUUGGACAUUGUUAUUUAAAAAAGCAAUACUCUACAACCAAUAUUUUUUUUUAA